AUGCAGAACAUUUUCGUGCCCGAAUCGACUUGCCUUGGUCCGCAAAUACGAACCGACAUCUAUUGGUAUGCGGUAAAUCCUAGUACAAAGAAAAUCUGCAAGAAACCAGAAUACAGGAAGCUGUUCGAAAGCUCAUCUGUGGCGAUGGUGGCAGGGAAGGUACAGCCAUGGUUCCGUCUGGAGAAGAUCGUUGAAGACGUCGAUGAGGACAGCACUGGGGCGACAGGAAUGUUGCCGAGCAACUGGAAAACUGCCAGCAUGCUACUUGUCGGCUUAGCGGUUCUGAUAGCAAUCGGCGCUGUUGUGGGUAUCUGCGCAGUUUGCGUGUUUUGGAGUCGCUUCAAGAUCUCUCAACAUAGCGUGCAUUCUUUCAAUCCUCAUGGUUUCCCACAAAAAUUGGGCACCGUAUAUCUUCCAAACGCUCCCAAUGACCCACGAGUGACAAAUUAA